CACUAAGUCCCAAGUCCUAUCUUUAUUCUAUACAAUCAUAGAGUAGAUAUGAACAAAAUUUCCCUAAUGAAACCUAAUAGCCAAUACAAUGUUAGGUCGAUAAGCUUUCCGGCUAGAUCACACCCCACCACACUUAGAAUUGAAGAAGAGAUAAACAAGCUGAGAUCUUUGGAGGGUGUUUCUUCGUCAACAGUUUCCACUGUUCUCUCUGGCUUAGCAGAGUUGUACGCAUGCAUGGGGGAUCUCCUUAGUCUGCCAUUGACCCAACAAGGCCUAUCCCAGCAAUACCAUGAAAAAUGGGUCAAUGAGUUGCUAGAUGGCACGCUAAGGUACUUGGACAUUUGUGGCAAUACAAGGGACUCUGUUUUGUUGACGAAGGAAAGUGUAAGAGAGCUCCAAUCCGUGCUGCGGCGAAGCAUGGCUGGAGAGAGGAGCAUUGAGGACAAUGUCAGAGAUUACACUUGUUCCAGGAAGAACAUGAAGAAGGAAAUCGCUAAGUCUAUGGCGUUACUGAAGCAGAUGGAAAAUGGGAUCGGGGAACAGAGUCCCCCGUUAGAACAGAGUCACCAUCUCUCUGUUUUGGUACGAGUCCUUGGAGAAGCUAGUUUGAUCACCAUUUCCACAUUACGUUCUCUCCUGCUGUUCUUGUCUCCGUCAUUAUUGAAGCCAAAGGGGACAAAAUGGUUGCUGAUAUCGAAACUGGUACGCAAAGGAAUAGUAUUGGGUGAAGUCCGAGACGACAUGAACGAAUUGCAGAGUGCCAAGGUUGCGGUGGGGAACUUGACAUUUCCAAAUGCAAGUGAGGAUAUUGAGGCAGAGAAGAUUGAAUCUGCUCUGGAAAAGUUGGAAGCUCUGGAUGGUGUCUUUGAAGAUUUUGAAGAUGGGUUGGAGUUGUUGUUUAGGAUAUGCAAUACAUAGAAUUCAGUUGGUCUGUAAUUCUCUUCAAAUUGGACAAUUUAUUAAUCUCAUCUAAACGUACAAUUAUGUACAAGAAUAAUGUAUAGGCAAAAUUUGAGAUUUAUGGCAAUAUUUAAUUUUUGGUUUGAAUUAUUACCAAAUUAUAAAAUCACAUUAGUUUU